CUUUACAGUUGUUUUGCUGGGCGGGUGUUGGGAGGAGGGGAGCGUCUGCAUUGAGACUCCUUGUGUUUUAAUCGUGGAUUAAAGGACUUCUUAACACCAUGAAGAUUGUGGCAGCAACUCCACCACCUUCGCAGCCUGUGAGCGGCUUGAAAUUAGGAAUAGUUCGACUAGGAAGAGCAGCAGGCAAGACGAAAUAUGCCCUGCUGGAUGAGAGAGACAUCUGCCUCGUUCAGCAAUUCGCAUUUGAAGCAAGGGUCGAAAUCAACCGUGACGGGAACGGAGCUGCAAUAUAUGCCUGGGCGUACGACAUCAACCGUGGCAGGACCUCGGGCCAGUAUGUCCACGACCUGCUCUGGGAAACACACAGAGGAGGGAUUGCAUCAGGGUGGAGAGUAGUACAUCUAAACCAGGUUACUGUAGACAAUAGAUUAGACAAUCUAGCAUUAGUGCCUGUAGGAAGCAAGCAGCCCCCAACUCCUUCCACCACCACCCCAAGGGACCAAUCUCUCUACUGGGUCGCCAUCCAGCAAUUACCUGCAGAUCCUGUGGAGGAGCAAUAUGGUGAUUUUGUAGUAACACGAUACUUUAAUGCAAAUGGUGAAGUAGUGGAAGAGGAAGAAGAUUGUUAUUUUGAGUGCCGAUACCCUCCCUGCACAAACAUAGAGAAAGAAUUAAGGGAGUUUUCAAUAUGUGGGAGAUGUCAGGAAGCAAGGUACUGCGGCACAUUCUGUCAGCAGAAGGAUUGGCCGGUGCACAAGAAACUUUGUAGAGAGAAGCGUCGACCGUGUUUGACAGAGCGGCCUCCUGAACGUUAACCCACACCCACACUAGUCACACCCUGGGUUGUCUCCUGUAUAUAUGCUGUGACCAGUCCUGUAGCAAGGAUUCAAGGCAGUUCUCCAGUACACAGUGGUACACCAGGUAGAUUAUAUUGUAGGUGUUAACUAUAUCUUGACUUUAGUUGCUAACAAGAUUGUCAUGAACUUUAUGAUAAUCCCAACUUUUAAGGUGGAAGCUAACAUUCUACUUAAGCAGGUGUGUCAAGAUCUGUUUUCAUAUACCUGUUUAUAACAACAUAAUGGUUAAGUACGACUGUGAAAUGAAGGAAAUCUGUCUGACUGAGACUUUCAUAUAAUGUUAGAAUUGAUAUUUAUUGAGAUUUUUAUUUUAUUUUUAGUAAAAUAAAUUAGCCAUUCCUUUAUGUAUAUUUACUCAUCAGUUAAACAAAAUUCUGGCUAAUCCAUUCUGAUAAAAAUAAAAACAAAUUGUGCAAAAUAAGACAAAGUAAUUGACCCUAACAGUGAUGGCACAAGAAUGAAAGGGUGUAAUGUUGGGGAGUCCUUUGUGCCUGAAGUGCAAUGCUUGCUCAACCAUUCAUUCCAUGGGAGUUGUGCAGCAGGGCUGGUGAAUGGUGGUGCCUAAUGUUGCAAUAGUGGGUGUGCAGAUACAGAUUUGUCAUUAUUUUCACCAGAUGUACAAACACUUCGAAACCAUGUCCUGUUAAGCAUUCCUGUGUGGGAAUGGUAUUUAUUGUGAAAAUAUUUAUUCCAUUAACUUUAGUUUCCUAUGUCAACUCAGCAGCUGGAGGUGUGUUGUCCGUCCAAGAGUCACAGCUGGGAGAUUACGAGCUUAAUAUUAAGCUGUGGACUGAUGAGAAUGGUGGAAUAGUUAAAAUCACUGCUUGUUAUAUGUCAUGUCCUGUCUUGGAGGAGUUGGCAAUAAACUUUGAGGAAUAAUAUAAUUUUUUUCCAUGAAGUGUCCAAUUAGUCUUAUUAUAGUCUUCUCUCUUCACAAAUAGUCAGCAUCAAACUUGAAAUUCCAUUACUUGCACAACCAAUUUUUUUUUUUUUUUUUUUUUUUUUUUUUGUAUGCAGCAAAAUCUACUUUCAAAGCAGAAUACCUCCACCUUUUCCAUGGAUUUAGUAAUCAAGUUGCAGUGUUAUUUAUCAUGGCAUAACAUUAUUUUUGUAUCCUUGUAUCCAUUCAUGCUGUGCAUUAAGAUGUAAUCAAACUACUAUGAAUUCACAUGCAAUGCGAGACUAUAAUGGCACUUCUUCCAAAUAAUUAAAUACCUUAAUAACUACCUUAAUUUAAUACCUUAAUAACUACCUUAAUUUAAAGAGAUAACAAAUAAGUAUGAUGGUUUAUCAGUUAUUUUUGUCACAUGUUUACCAUAAGUUGUUUUUUUCAUGUGGUUUUCAUGUGGUAAGUCUCUCCAGCCUCCUUCCUCCAAGCAGAACACAGACCUUUUAAAAGUGGUGAUAAAUGAGAUCAUGUUAAUACUAUAAACAUUGGAAACCUUUUUUGGAAUUGCUUAUAAAUACCAUUAAUGUUUUUUUCUGAACUGAAGGUCCUCAGUAUUCUAGUUUACGCAUAACUAAAUUUAUAAAUUUUUGGAUUUUUCUCAUUACCAAAAGCCAGUUAUGUAUGUAUAUACUGCCUAAUAUUGGAAAAUAUAUAAUACUUGAAAGUCAGGAAGAUAUGCAUUAUGAGAACAGCCUUCAUCAUAUGGAAACUACUUUUUUCUUUAGAAAUAACCCAUUUAAAAAGACGAAAAUAAAGUAAAAGAUUUGACAGUAUUUAUUAUGUUAUAACAUAUCACUUAGCCCUUAAGCAACAACUAACUAAUGUUUAUGCUACCAAUUUUGUGUUAAUAUACUGAUCCUCCAUGCACUGACUUUCAUAUAAGCUUUUCUAUAACACAUGGUUUGGUUCAUACUUUCUCUCCACACAUGGGACACUUACACAUGUUUAUUGUUUAUUCUAGUAGUAUUAACACAAUGAAUUAGUAAAGAUAAAAAAUAUUACCAGGUCCUAGAAAUGAGAGAAAGAUAGCCAAUGAGUACAGUUACAAUAAUUGCUGCAAUAUUAACUUCUAACACAAAUAACGUUUUUACUGCAGUGGUGGAUGGUUCUUGUAUAGCCAUGUCCAGAAUAGGAGGGCAUGUGAUGGGCUUAGUCAGAGGAUAGGAAAAAGUGUUUUUUUCUAGGUAAGACUGUAGAUGCAUCACAAAGAUGCAAAAGCAAAUGCCAUUCAUGAAGGUGGCCUUAGGCAAAUGUUUCACAUCUCUACAUUCCUGACAGACCUAUGCCAGUGGACAGACUGUACUAGUUUUUGAGGCAUGGGUUGAUGAAGCGGUGGUUGUGUGGUGUCUGCAUUCAUAUGCAAUUUAUCGCGUUGGAAUACAAGUCAGUGCAAACCAGUGGCACAAUUACUGUACACUAGGUGUCUAGCCUGCAGCAGUAGACUCAGGAAGAGUUUUUGGAUUUGGUUUCAUCUAUAUGGACUUGAAUUAGCGAAGCCUCUCUUGUUUCCAUGUACAAUUUUUUUUCCUUUUUUUAUUUGUGGUUAGGGAUAUGCACAGAGUACAAGUUUGCAUGUGUGUAAUUCUUGGUACUUCUACGUUCAUGUAGGUAACAGAUCGGAAGGCAUUUAUUUUUGUGCAAAUGUAUGGAUUAUUUCUAGCACUACAUUUCCAUGACAAUGUAUGUGGUGUCAACAGUGUUAUUAAGUUUAGGACAUCAGUUAUAUAGGUAUAUUAAAAGGAGAGAGAACACUGCUUAUAAUGAGUCAAAUGUGAGACAAGUGCCAUUUUGUACAAGUUGCCCCGAUUGUGCAAACAUUCACAGUAAGCAAUUUCAGUCUAUAAAAACACCAUUGUUCCCAAACCUACAGAAGUCUCUGAUUACCUUUUAUGAAAUGUCUAAAACAAUAAGUACAGUUCUUGGUUUAGAGUUUUAAUCAAUAUUAAAUAAAGUCACAGUAUGAAUAUCUACAUGUUUAUCAUCUUGAAAAUGCAACACCAUUGAAAAAUGAGAACAGUAUGAAUACCUACAUGUUUAUUAUCAACUUGAAAAUGCAACACCAUUGAAAAAUGAGAUGUACAUAUUGCCAAAGUUGUUGGCCUUCAAACAAAGUAGCAUUGGUAUUGUACUUAGAAAUUUGUUGAUAAUGAACGCCUGUUUUACUACUGGAAAUGACAUCGAGAGAACUUUGCUAGUUUUGUGGGAAUAUUAAUCCAACCAGAGAUUUAUACAGGAAACCAGUUGCUAAUAAGAUGCAUGAUCCCCCUCCUCUACUUAGUCAUUUCAUUCUAUUGUGUGGGUGCUGCCACUCGUUUUUGAUUCUGCAAACUUGCCUUUUACAAACUGUUAAUUCAAAAGAGCUGAAACUAUUUACUGGAUGACCAACAGUAUUGUGGUAUGCAUUUACAGUAGAGGGAGAGAAGUAUUCUAACUAUCAUACAUUACAUUAAUAAAUGCUGUGAAAAAACAUUAUCAUAUUAGAUCAGUUGAUGUUCCUCCAAAUAAAAUAAAUAAAUUUUCUUAGCGAUUUUCUUAGUUUUGCCAAAUAAUGUUUGUUAUCUUGAAAACUACACAAUUUCUUCACUAGUGCUGACAAACUGAAGACACCAGGUAUACUGACAAGUCUUUUAAUCACUUUUCAUAAUAUGACAGCCUUUGAUUACACUCAUUUUAGAAUUAAUUCCAUAUUUUGAGUAUGUAUACUAGAAGCUGCUGCCAUUGCAAAUAUUUUGAUGUAAAACUUGUUUGAGUUGAUGAAACUUCGUGUCUCUAUAUCCAACCCAGUGGUCAAGUUAAUAUUUGAAGUGUCACAUUCAUGAUAACUACUUGUCAUUAUCUUUGAAAUUUUUACAUAGCAAAAAAUCAAAUUGAUGCUUAUAGCCCAUAAUUGGGCAAGCCUUGAAGGAUGCCUUUAUCUACCAAGUUUUUUUGUUUAAGCAUCUCCACUCAUGUGACCAGCUGUGAGACUCCAGUAAUCUGUUAUUACAUGAAAUUGUGCUUUCUGGGAUAUUUGUUGCAUAGAAGUAAUGCUGAAUACUUAGCAAAAUUUGUAUCCUUGUAGAUACCAAUUUUUAGUUUUUUUAAUAAAAUGAUCAUUUAAGAUCCUUAUGCAGCUCUGGAAUCUGAUGCAAAAUAAACUUCACUAAUUGUUGUAUAGAAGCAACUAGCAAUAGUUAAAGGUCCACAGAUCAGGUUAAUCACUACUGUGUGAUUUGCUGUGAUGCAGGUCCUUGCCACUCAAGACAUAGGAGAAUAAGGGGCUAUCACUAAAGAUUUUAAAGGUUGUUACUAAUAGAAAUGUAACUUAAAAACCAUCUCUGGUAAAUGUAAAAAUGGCAAUAAUCAUUUUCCUAUGAUAUAAUAUAAUUAAUGAAAAUGACAGUGAAAUGACCAAUUUUCCAGUCUUCUAAUAAGAGUUGCAGUUGGCACUUAGUUACUUCUAUCUAGCAAACACCAAAAAGUUAGAAACCAUUUCCACAGCACAGGUAGUAUACAUAUUCCCCCUCAUUCCUGUUCUGAAAAUCUUUCCAAGAUACAUGAUCAUAGCCAAACUCAAAAAAGCGAUGGCUCAUCUACCCAUUAAUUUAUGUGGACAUAAAUAAAAUGUAUCCAUUUUUAUGCAUCACACACUUCAUGAGUAAUGAACAGGUGUCCUUAAGUUAAGAUGUCAUUUUGAAAGCUAAAACUUUCCUGAUACAAAACUCAUAAAGAAAUCAUACUUCUGAAGACAAUCCUUAGAAAUUUUGAAAUUAUCCAACUUCAUUUAAGUUAAUUAUUAUUUUUAAUAUAAAGAACUUCCAACAUAUACACAUAUGCAUGAUUCAAGGUGGUAAUAAAUGAUGAAAUGCUUCAUAUGUAAUGUAUAGUUUUCACUACGUAACCAUGAAAGAGUAAUGCAAGUGGUCUUCUAGUGGGUUAGCACAAAUCAAAAUUUCACUCAUUUAUGUAUCUGGAUUGAACAAGUUUCCUUGGGGAAAAAAAGAGUCUGGCUUCCCUUGACAUGUAUGGACAUUACUGAAAUUUACCUUCCUGUGAAGUUUUUAAUUUUCAUGAUUUUUGUUGUAAUUCCAUAUAGGUAAUGGCACAUUCAUGCAGGAUUUGUGAAGUGGACCUCCAAGUAAUUUCAUUAACCUUUAAUUGUAAUUCUCAAACUGAAAGUAUAUAUAUAAUAGAAAUACAUUUUAAUUGAACCAUGUGUUAAUGAAGUUCCUAGGACAAUGCCAAAUCUAAUUGCCAGUUAAAUGCAAGGAUAAAUCAAUUAACAAGAUGUUCAAAGACAGAAACAAUGGAUGUAUUUUUCCAUCAAAUGUUUUAUCAAAGAUAAUUACUCUAUCUUUAUCUGACUUCAGUAGUUGAACAUUCGCAUCUGCAGUGAAUGAACUUUGACUUCAGUAGAGAAUAAGCUCUGAGGAAAGUGAUAUUUAUUAGUGGCCUGACAGCAUAUGGGAAUGACUGAACUGUACUGGGAAGAUGAACUGACCUCAUUAAAAUGACUAUGCUUCACAUAAAUCAAGACUUCUUACAUACCAUAUUGCAACUUACAGUAAAAUGCAAUUCUGGUAAAUCAAGUUUUAUAAAAUUAUGUAUGACUUUAUCUUCCUCUAUGAUUAUUAAUUUUCAUAGCACUAUUUAGUUCCUAGUUAAGAUCUUUGGUCCACAGUUCCUUUAUUGUAAACAUUUUUAUUACAUAAAUGGGGGUGAUGAAUUCUUUGUGUGACCACAUUUCAGGUUACCAUAGUUUAUUCCUUUAUUAUGUAUAUAAUAUUGGAGCUCUGUUCAUGAGGAUGGAUUGCUGAUCAUUAUGCCUUUGUAAUCCUCAAAAUAUAGUUAACUUUGUAUUGUGCAUUAUAAACAACCUACACCUUUAUGCCAAGUGAUAAAGAUCAUUCCCUUCUGAACAUUAUUUUAAUUUGUAAGGAUUCUAAGAUUGGCUUCAUUUUUUUUGUGCCCUCUGGUAUGACCUAAUACUGUAAGGUAUACAAAAUCCUGUAUAAUUUUGAGUUUUGCCAUUGCCAAAUAAUGCAUAAGCUGCAUAGUGAUAUCCGAGGCUUACCAUUGUUAAUACACUUUAGCUAAUAUGCUAACAUCUGGGAUGUGGGAGAAUUCAGCCCACAUGAGGCUCUGUAACAUAAGUGGCUUUUAUGACUAGUGUGAUACAUCUUUGAAGUCAUUUAUCUGCUCCUACAUAAAGACAUUCUAAGAUUAUAUCUUUCCGGUUAACAAUAACUAAUAAUGAUACUUACAAUGAGUAUGCAAUACAGAUGAAUGCUGGACUUCCAUGUAUGUGCAUUAUGAAGGUCAUCUGUAAUGCACACAGAACUAAAGUAACAAUUGUGCCAAAAUUAUAAUUACUAUAAUAAGGCCACAGUUUACAUUGUUGUGACAAAAUCUCAGAAAAUGCACUGUUAGCUCCUCUGUAAAAUGGGUUUCCCAGUGACAUGAAAACAGAGCAUCACACAGCAACAACAUCAAACUAAUAAACUGAGGAAUUUUGUGUAUUGGCAUAUACUUCUCAUAUGAAUUGUAUUAAUUUUUAAAAGAUACAUGAUUUAUUUAAUAUUGGUCUAAGUGCAUAAUCCUAGUAUUGCAUUCUUUAUAUGCCCAUUUGUUCCUUUAAACAGUAUUCAUUAGCAUUAUUUAUUUAUAAUGAUAGCUAAUAUAGUCAGCAGCUUUUGCUAUGUUGGGUACUUUACUAACCAAUGUGAAAUAUUUCCUUUUUACUAAUAGAGGUAGCAUUUUUAUAUAUUUGAAUUAGUUACAGUUAAUAUGGAUAUAUUUUUGUGAUGCCUACAAUACUAGAAUAGUAGGUUAGGAUAAUCAUUGGCUGCUCAGGCAGUGGUUCUAUGGAAGAUCUAGUUUACUUAUUUGUUAAAUUAAUCUGCCAGUUUUAUGUACACAGACCUUGCAAAAUUUAAUGUCUGCUUCCAUUUUCUUAAAUAGCACUUCAUGAAUGAAGUACUAAAUAGGUAUGAAUGUCCAUACUACUGUGUGAGCAGCCUUUCUCUCACAAGCAUUGAUCUCACAGUAAUCCCCUAACAACUAUUUCAUUGAGGCAUCUCAAUAGGGCAAACUGCUUUUUUGCUAAACAAAUUCUUUUAGUUCUAAUAUAGUUUGGUAUUUCAUUAUUCCUAUGGACAUAUGAAAUUUAGUGUACUCACCAAUCAUUCCACUUGUUGAAAAUGUAAGAUUUCUGUAAUUUGUGUGUAAUGGGUACUCUCCGUCAGCUGAGGAUACUGCCUUGUAGGAUUUCUGUAACAAUAGAAAAAUGUUAUUUUAUAGCUUUCCAGUUAUGCAGAAAAGGUGUCUUAAAACCUACAAAAUGUUAUACAUUAAUUACUGAGACAUUUUUAUAUAGCUCAGGUUAUUAUGAUUAUUAUAGCACAAAAAAAAAUACUAAUCAUAAAAUGCAUGUAAACAUUUCAUUUAAUGUUUUAAGCAGACAACAUCUUGCAUACAUGUCAAGUUUCAUGUAUCUAGGAGAAUAUUAAGACCAUUAUUUAGAUUUUUAUUCUUUUUAUGGGAUAAAGUAAUCAUCUCUUUAUAAAGGCUUGGAAAGCAAGGCCACACAUUCAGUCAGACCAGACUAGCAAAGGUAAUGAAACUCCUGACCUUAGUGUCAACUUUUUUGUCAGUGCCUUUCACAAAUACCAUAACCUUAUUAAUCAUAGCUUUACAUUUUGAGUAUGAAUGUAAAUCAUAACAGGCAUUUGUAGUGAGUAGCUUAUGAUCAUUAUGUAGAGUUUGUUGAAAUUGAGAUUUGUGUUUGGUUGCCUGCUUUUAAUUCACAUGACCUGCACCAUGGAUUUUUUUUUCUCAUGGAUGUGAGGGCACUAGCAAUAUUUAACAUGUUGAUAGUAAGAUAUAUUACUCCCAAUAUUUUCUCUUUGGGAAUUUCUGCUCUCUUAAUUUGGAAUAAAAAUGUAACAGAUGCAUACCCAAACCCACACACAGGACACACAUCACCACAUACACAUAUUCACACACCAUACAUACAAAUCUUGUGUUUAUAAAUCCCUGUUUUGUACCACAGGGAAUUGUUUCUUUUCUAAUAAGCUAGGUUAAUGACAAGCUUAGCUGAUAAUGACUUCUAGUCCUACUAACACCAAAUAUAUGUUUAUUAAUAAAA